AUGUCGACUCAAUCCCCUCACCCUCCAACUCCCAAGGGCUCCCGCACAAACCGACGCCCCCAGAAGAAGAAUAUGACCCCCCAGGCUCCGAAGUCUCAGCCUCUCUCUACUCCCCCCUCCUCUCCGCCGCAGACCAUGACCCCAGGCGUUCUCCCAACUGGCGCGUUGAACAAUUUCAAUUCUUCGAAGAAGGCCCCGCGUUCAGGGAAGAAGCAGCGCGAUCCCAAAGGUUCAGCAACCCCGCAACAUGGCUACCAUAGCAACGGAUACAGCGGCCAGCGACAAACACCCAAUCAUCCCGCUGUGACUUCUCCUCUACCGAAGUCAACAACACCAGCCUACGCGGGACCAACCUUCCACGCAUCCCCUGCCCCGUCCGCCUUGCCUAUUCCCAGCUUCUUCUCGAAAUCAGCACCUGAUUCAAAGCUCGCCCCUCCUAUCGAGACCGAUAGCGACGAUGCGGAGCCGGGACCCGAUGCGACUCCCUCGAAGCCUCGAAAUAAGACCCCCAUUCUGGCUGACGAACAAAAGCCUUCCCCGCUAGAUUUUCUUUUCCAGGCUGCCGUGCAAGCUAGGGACGCCAAGUCCACCGGCAGUCAUGAGGUGGAUAGGCUGCGGUCUCCCCAGACUGAGCCCAGGGCCGCUCGCACCAAUCCUGAUGGAAUGUUUGCUUUCGAAAUUGGAAACUCUGACCACCCCCGCAAGGCGGUCAACUCGGGUAUCGGUCCUUCUUUCGCGCCAUCUUAUCAAGACCGCAUGAAUGCGCUUCGACCGCCUAGUGCCUCUCAGUCACCUGCGGCCGCUGAGGAGCAGCACAGAAGGAGGACCGAGGAGUUGAAGCAACUCUUGCUCAACCCGCCUGCGCAGAAGCCGCCGUCUUUGGUUCAAUCUUCGAGUGAUUAUGCUGGAACAUUCGGACCUCGCCCGUCUAAUGUUCCCCCUUAUGCAACUCCCGUGCGCACCUCAUCUGGUCCUCCGUUGACCUUGUCUAAUGGGUCCUUUUCCCCGCACUCUCAUCCGCAGCAACCGCAUGCUUACCCUCACUACUCCCAACAUGCCCCCUUGCCUGCGCGCCACUACGUUCCGCCUCCAUCCAUGCCUCAGUAUCAUGGCCGUGCCUCGAAUGGACACCCCAGCGGCGGAUACUCGAGUGGGCCUUCCCCGGCACCGUCCGGCAACCCCUACCUGCCAGGUUACGAGUCUCAGUGGAGUGGUCACGGAUCACCCCACCAGAGUUACGCCGCGCCUUCGUCCCAGAUGCCUGUCAACUCGCCGUUGCCAUCUCAGGCGGCGGAUACCCGGCAGAUCGAGAAUGACAUUCGCCGGGUAUUGAAGCUGGACACCUCUGGGGGUGCUCCCAUCAUGUACGCUUAG